CUUUAGUCAGUGUAUAGUCUAACGAGAAACACCCACAAUUUGGCAGUGAGUCAACUAUACAACUGCAAAAACCAGCAAAACUGUAUGAGACCAACUUCCGAACGACGACGAUGAAGAAGAGAGGGAGGUUCUUCAACUUCUUCGCCACCAUGAAUUCCGCUCUCAUUUUAUCUCUCCUCUCCUUCCUUGCCUUAUUCGCCCUAGUUGCUCCCCUCCCUUCUCUCUCCUCAAACUCUCCUCCUCAUCAUCGCCACCGCAAAAAGCUGAAUGUCAGGAAAUUUGAGAUUGCUGAUGACAUGUUCUGGAAAGACAGAGAGCCUUUCCGCAUAAUUGGUGGUGAUCUGCAUUACUUUCGAGUUCUUCCUGAGUAUUGGGAGGAUAGACUGUUGAGAGCUAAGGCGUUGGGCUUAAACACAAUUCAGACUUAUGUCCCAUGGAAUCUGCAUGAAACGAGCCCUGGAGAUCUGUCUUUUGAUGGUAUUGCUGAUAUAAUAUCAUUUCUUAAACUCUGCCAGAAGCUAGAUGUUUUUGUCAUGCUUCGACCUGGCCCUUACAUAUGUGCAGAGUGGGAUUUGGGUGGUUUUCCAGCUUGGUUACUUGCUAAGGAGCCAGCUCUUAGACUGAGGUCUUCAGAUCCUGUGUAUCUUCAAUUGGUGGAUAAGUGGUGGGGCAUACUGCUCCCAAUGGUGGCUCCUUUUCUUUAUGGAAAUGGUGGUCCUAUUAUCAUGGUUCAGAUAGAAAAUGAAUAUGGUUCAUAUGCAGAUGAUAAAGCUUACCUGCAUCACCUGGUCAAAUUGGCCAGAAGACACCUUGGAGAUGACAUCAUCUUGUAUACUACAGAUGGAGGUACAAGGGUAACCCUUCAGAAAGGAACUAUCCCUGGAGACAGUGUUUAUUCAGCUGUUGACUUUACAACAGGUGAUCAGCCAUGGCCGAUAUUUAAAUUGCAAAAGGCGUUCAAUGCGCCUGGAAAGUCUCCUCCUCUUUCGUCGGAGUUCUAUACAGGCUGGCUUACUCACUGGGGAGAGAAAAUUGCUAAGACCGAUGCUGAUUUUACAGCAGCAGAGCUAGAAAAGAUUUUGUCAAGGAAUGGCUCUGUGGUUCUUUAUAUGGCACAUGGUGGCACCAAUUUUGGAUUUUAUAAUGGUGCGAAUACUGGUUCAGAUGACUCGGAUUAUAAGCCUGACCUUACAUCCUAUGAUUAUGAUGCACCAAUUCGGGAAACUGGUGAUGUGGACAAUGCGAAGUUUAGAGCCAUAAGGAGGGUCAUAGAGAAAUAUACUGCGGCAACUCUUCCUCCAGUUCCUGCUAACAAUGAGAAGGCAGGAUAUGGGUUUGUUCAAUUACAGAAAACUUCAAAUUUGUUUGAUAUCAUUGGAAUUCAAGACAAUGUCAAUGUCGUUGAAUCUGCUAACCCAAUUCCCAUGGAGCCUGUGGGCCAGAUGCAUGGAUUUCUUCUAUACAUGUCAGAAUAUAGUACAAAUGAUAAUGCUAGCACCUUAACCAUACCAAAGGUGCAUGAUAGAGCUCAGGUAUUCAUUUCAUGCCAUUCCGAGGACUAUGGAGGAAGUCCAAUUUAUGUUGGGACAAUUGAGAGAUGGUCCAACAAAGAACUUCAGCUUCCUCAUCUCAAAUGUGUUUCAAGAAUCAGUUUAUUUGUUUUGGUUGAGAACAUGGGCAGGAUUAAUUAUGGGCCCUACAUCUCUGACAGGAAGGGAAUUUUGUCUCCUGUAUAUGUAAACGGACAUGUUCUUCACAAUUGGAAAAUGUUGUUGAUUCCACUCCACAAUCUGAAUGAUCAGAGUAGUUCAAUCAUUCAGACUGCUGGCAGUGAUCAUACUACAGUACAUGCAGGGAAAAGUAUGCAGAAUCAGAGCAAGAACCUAUCAAAUGAACCUGCUUUCUACACUGGUUUUUUUACAAUCAAUAAAGAUGAUCUAGUUAAAGACACAUUUUUGUCAGUGGAUGGCUGGGGUAAAGGGCUUGCAUUCAUCAACAAUUUCAAUUUAGGACGAUAUUGGCCGACAUUUGGGCCACAGUGUAACCUUUAUGUCCCUGCUCCACUUCUUCGCCAUGGGAAAAAUACAGUGGUACUCUUUGAGCUCGAAUCUCCAAACACAGAGCUUGCUGUCAGGUUUGUUCAGCAUGAGGACUUUUCAUGCAGUAGAACCAAUUCAAACAUUCGUGAACUUUAAGUCAUGGCGUCAAUGAAAUACAAAGCUCUUGAUUCACUUCCCCGGCAAGUAGAAAAGCAUCUUGCAACGAACUAUCUCUGCGGAAAGCCUGAAAUUAAUCAUGGCAUCUCUUUGUUGAUUUUAUAUGGCUUGUUAGAACUGCUCAAUGUAAAGAAUUAAAGGUUAUUAGUCCUUACUUAUUCAUGUAAUGGAAUAUGCUACGGGGUAAGUACUAAGUACCAAUUCAAGGUACCAUGAUGACGAGAAUUAUACUGAAUUUCUUGUGGAAGCUGUACUUGUUUAAUACAAACUUUUUUUUUGCCUUUUCGUCUA